AUGGAAGCCUCAGGAAGCGAUGAAACUCCCUCUCAUACGUCGAAUGAUGUCAGGGACGUGUCUCCUGCGCUGGAAACCGACACUGUUGUAAAUUUGCAGAGACAGAACGCGACUAUACAAGACGGAACCGAAGUAAACAGGGUAACAGGCGAGCUGGACGUGGAUGUUGGCGACGACUGCGAGGAUCUAGUGGGAGGAAAUGACGAAGAUGAUUCGGAGUUGUCGGACGGAGAGGACCUUUGCGAAGACCUGAAAGACUGUUUGGAGUCGUCGGAUUUCUCGUUCCAAGGCUCUUUCUACCACGCCUCGUUGAAGCCGACUACACCGAACCCCUGUCUGACUGUUGGUGACAUCGGGUUGGUGGGUCUUCCGUUGACGGAGCGCGACGCGAAGGCGAUCAUUGCUUGCGCGUCAUUGGCUCCGUUUGGGAAGGGAAAACAUACUGUCGUGGACCCGACGGUGAGGAACACCUGGGAGAUCGAGCCUGCACGCGUGGGGUUCGCGAACGCGGACUGGGUCAAGUGGGUCGAAGACGUGGUUUGCAAGGAAAUUUGCAAUGCGUUGGGCGUGGAACUCGCGCAGACGCCCAACCUAUGUCCACGGCUUCAGUUGCAUAAACUUCUUCUGUAUGAACCAGGGUCACAUUUCCUCCCUCAUCAAGAUACUCAGAAAGCAGAAGGCAUGUUCGCAACGGCGAUCAUCAUCCUCCCAUCCGCCUACACAGGUGGUCAAGUCGUCGUGUCCCACGCGUCUAAGAAGAAGACGAUCGACUUUUCCUCAAGCUCGCUGACAUCUACCGCGGUCCUUGCCUGGUACACCGACGUGACGCAUGAAGUCAAGCGCGUGCGCUCCGGGUACCGUCUCGCGCUUUCCUACAACCUCAUACAGCCACGCGCUCCGGGCCUCGAGCGACGACUGCCUAUCUUACCCGACACGAGCAGCACGGCGAACCGUCUCCGUCGCAUCCUGCAGAAGUGGAGUGAGGGUAUAUAUGCAGUGUUCCCCAGCCAGGACAUGGUGGCGUACCUGCUCGCUCAUCAGUACAGCGCAAAGGAAUUGAAUAAGGGUGCCCGUGCGCUGAAAGGUGCGGAUCGGUCCCUUGUUGGGUUUCUUCGUGAGGUGGUGGUGGAGGAAGGGUACAUUCUGGCACUUUCAAGUCGGGAGCAGUACCAAAAGGGCAGCGCGGAUUGCGAAACUGGAAGCAUCUAUGCGCGGAAGAGGAGAAAGGGAAACGACCACCAACGUAUUGACUCGUACGGCAUACGAGGAAGGGGAUACUCUCAUGGAUAUGGCUGGGGAGAGGAUGAAGAAAACGAGGACGAGGACGAGGAUGAAUACGGGAACGGCGACGACGAACCAGACAUGGACGAUGUUUAUGAGACGAGCAUUUCUAUCUCGCGACUGGUGGAUCUAGAUGGCGACUUGAUUUCUGACGCGACAAUCGACACGGAGGACGACAGUAUUAUUCCCCAGAACCCGUUCGAAGGUUUGUCUCCCGACCGGCAAGAAUAUGAGGGAUACAUGGGCAAUGAAGCAGGAGACGUAGAAUACUGGUACAACGCUACGGUCCUCGUGCUGAUGCACGAAGUCGAGCGCGACUCGCUUAUGACAUCGUCAGGGAGCACCGAAUACGCGUUUCGCAAGCUCGCGCGUUCCUCUGAGCCGAGUGCCACGGACGCACCAUGGAUCAAGAAACUGGUCGAUAAGCGUAUGUCACUUAACAAGGACCAAGCGCUGAAGAUGGUUGAUUACGCGCUCCGAGUGCGCGACUUGCAGAUGUGGCGAAGCAUUGUGGAGAAUCCCACUUGCACUGUUCAAAGUCUUGUGAUUGAGGGGAUGGCGAGAGCAUGGAGGUUAUUCGGGUUUGAGUAUGUUUAUGGAAGCUUCGCGCUGAUCUUGGACCGCUCUGAACGACUUGCCGAUCGUCUUGACUUCAUCAAGAAGCUCCCUGAUUACGCGCUGGACGUUGAGAAGACUGGAGUCCAGGAGUGGUGCCGCUUAGCCAGGGACCAUGCUUUCGCUUCGUAUAACUCCGUAGAUGUCUCCGAGAUUCCAACACUCGUGAAUAUCAUGCGGGACGACACCGGGUUGCAGGCGUUUAAUGCAAUUAUGCUUCCAAACCUCGUCGGGAAAGAGAAUGGAUACGACUUUUGUGUCGCUCUGGUGAGGGCCAUGAAACGCGACCUCCAGAGCAAGGCAGAAGAACUGUCAACGGAUGUUCCUUCCGGCUCUCCUCCUGACAGAGAAAGUCUGCUGAACAAUGCGAUUAAAUCACUUCUUGCAGCGGCGGCUUCGCAAUGGAAGAAAGCACCAGCUACAACUUACCCGGCCGAGUCUUCUGACCAAGUGCAGGCAGCCACAGUCUCUCGCAUCGUCGAAAUUGUUGAGCUCUCUAUCACCAACGGCCGUCUCGACGUUUGCGAGCCGGUUUUCGUCGACACCUUGCAAGCCACAGAGCCAUCAUCAGUCAAAUUUCCUCAGCUCUAUACGCCUCUCAUCCCACGUCUCCGAGACAUUCUCAACCGCCAUGGUCUGGAUAUUUGCCUUCCACCAUUCCUCAAUUUCUUCCAAGUCCUCAUUGCGACAUACCUCAAGGAUGUCCUCGGGAAGAAGGGUUCGCGUAAACACCGGCCUCGCAAAAUUGGCUGUGGGUGUAAACAGUGCAAGAUUCUCGAUGCGUUUAUCCUGGACGGCGUCACCACGAUGAGAUUGUUCUCUGCGCUUGUGCAAGGACGCAAGGCGCAUCUCGAGAAGAAACUGGCAGAGGCGUCGGACCUGUGCUCGUUCGAAACGACUAGGACGGGAGCAUUGUACAGCAUUAGGGUGACGAAGCGACCUGAACUCUUGCACUUUGCCUCCUGGGAACGGAGAACCCGGGCCGCUGAAACAUUCUUGGCGUCUGUUGGGACGGACGACGUCAUCCAGAAGAUAAUGGGCGGGCGAUACGAGGACGUGAAGUAUGCGCUGGCUGGCCUUGUCCCAUUUGAUUCUGCACUGCCAUCAACGUGUGUUGGCAACACUCGGUCUCAACCUCCAGGGGAGCCGGCGCCGGGGCCUUCGUCACAAGCGCCCAUCGUCGAACCAGGUGCCAUUGAAGAAGCGGCAAAUCAGCCACCAGAAACACGGAAUGAAAUCCCGUCUAGUUCUGCAGAGGCCGUGUUCUUUGGCAUUAGACCAAGGCUGUGGUUGCUCCGCAUUAUAUGCCUUUGUUCUCUCCUUUCUUUCUCCCUCCUGUGGUUCGUAGAAUUCACAGACCUUGAACUACCGUUCGGUAUACUCUUGUCGUGCAUCUUGGUGUAUCAUGUUGCAAGCGCCUUCCAACUCAUCCGGCUUUGGAUUAAUCCGUACCUGGAUCUCUUCGUCCUCUUUUGCUUAAUCGGCGGUCUGAUGCAUCGAGCGCCGACAGUUAAUGAAUGGUCCUCGCAGGUCUUUGUCCUAUACGUCGUCGUCGUAUAUGGUCUUGUUGGAUUCCUUUCGGUGCUUGCCAUUCUGCGGCUUGUGAUGAUCGCCAAGAAUAGAGGCGGACUCCGCAUGGGUUGGAAUUACGAUAUGCUAACAGAUUCGAGUGCGGGCACUGACACCCCAUCGGCCCAAAACAUACUCCUGGGGAAGUCGAUCUGGCAAAGGCAUAUCAAUGGCGAGGCGUCGACUUUGAUACUCGCCCGAGGGAUCCUUGCAAUCGUUCUUAUUUUUUCCCUCUCUGCCGUUUCGAUUGUCGCAAUCGUCUUGGACCCGCUUCGCGACUCAGGGCUUGUCCCGAUAAAGGAGGUGCGCUCCUUGGAUGUCCCGACAGACUUCAAAGGAGAGCCUUCUGUGUGGAACGUUAUCGCUCCUCCCCAAUUCCUGGCCCUCCAUGCGUCCAUCUCGACGGCAGUCACAAUAUUGAAGGGUUUCUUGAAGCCAUCACGGUCCAUUGUCCGUCUCGCGUUCCGGUGCCCAAGGGAACACACCUGGUUCCCAAUUCCACGCAGCGACUCGCUUCCCAAUCUUCUGGUUAUCGUAAACUUCACGCGUAUCCGUUUUCGAGACGACCUCAUUGACACGGCAAAGAACUCGAUUCAAAUCAUUGUAAACCUCACAAAUGACACCAAUUUGGCUGCUCGUCGCACGCAGCCAACCACCAUACCACCCGGAGUUAACCUUAUGGGCACUCUCAAUCUUGAGCUGCGUCAAUUACACAAGAAUCCGAGUAUUUCUGCUCUGGGUUUCACGUCCUCGGAGACAAUCAUGGUGACGCGCAUGGGUAGCGUCUUCCCGGACCCCGAAGCGGGUGUUUCUCCCUUGAUCCCUCAAUCUUCCAACAUUUCCACGUUUAGAUUGUUUGUUCAGAAUGACCCUUCUGAAUGGAGGAUUAUUAUGGAUUACAGGGACAAAUCCGUUAUCGGUGGUUUCUCAACCGUUGGUGGUCUAUGGGCCUUUCUAAGCGGCAUCUUUACUGCGAUCUUCGGGACGUCGCUCAUGCGCAUUAUAUUUGGCGUUAAACCACUAUCCGUCCUUGGGAUGGCUCACAGCCUCCAAGGCCACCAGACUAUUCGUGAACAAAUCAGUGAGGAUUAUAAGGGUGCAGCCAAGGAGCUCCAAGAUGCGCAAGGUGUGAUUGCACUGCUCCGAGAUCAUGUUAUCGACUUCAGUUUCCUCGUUGAAGUUCGAAAAACAGCGAAUUCGGCAAUUGAAGCCAAACUCGAACGUACAAGAGAGACGGGACAAGCUGAGACAGUGCAAGAGACGACCGUACCAGCUCCAUCGCAUGACAAUGCGUAG